AUGGAAGAUUUUGAUGUUUUGGAAAUGCUUGGAGAAGGAUUUUUCAGCAAAGUUUCGAAGGUGCGAUUGCGAAGAACUGGUGAGGAAAUGGUGCUAAAAGUAGCAAAAGGUACUGGCUCUGCUGGAAGUCGCAGAGCUAUCCAUGCCGAUGCAGCUCGAGAGGCCGCAAUGCUCCAUCGCUUAUCUCAUGAGAAUAUUGUUGGUCUUCGUGGUGUCUGCAUACAAGUAAACGAUGAUGGAUGCUGGGAUAUGCAUCUUCUCGUGGACUACUGCGAGGGCGGCAGCUUAGCUCGGCUCAUUCUUGAUAGAGCUGCAGCCUUUCCAUGGAGUCAGAGGAUACGAUACGCUUUGGACAUCUCCCUUGCGAUGCGGUACCUCCAUUCUCAGCGAGUAAUUCAUCGCGAUCUCACUAGCAUGAAUGUUCUUCUACAAUCCACCCGAGAGCCAUCAAAAUGGGGACGUGCCGUAGUUGCGGAUUUUGGUCUCUCUUGUCGUUUUCCAAACCGUGGUGAGAAGUUACCGCAAGUGGGUACAACCUACUUCAUGAGUCCAGAAUGUCUCAAGGAAGAGUACUACGAUGAAAAGGUAAGCGGCAUCCUCAUUGUUUGACG